UUCACGUCGCAAAUGUUGUUCGAAAAUACAGAGUUAGCUUUUAUAAAUUCCAAUUUUCCUUACUUGUUUGUUUUCUUCUUCUCACUCACUUUUCUCCUCCUCUUCCGGCCGCCGCCUUCUCUCGCUCCGCUCUGGCGACAGUUUCUCCGGUAGUAAGAGAGAUAGUCAUGACAGGAGAAACUAACUAUACAGUAACACCAACCUCCAUGUACACAUACUCAACCAAUGUAUAUCCAGAAUAUAUGUAUUCACAGCCUGUUUAUGCACCAUCCAAAUGCAUAACAUCUAUAUAUCCGACACCCUAUGCACAAUCGGCAUAUGUACCACCACCUACUGGCGGAUCUUCCCACAAACAUUCGUCAUCCAAAGAUAAAUGGAAGACCGUAAGUAGUUCUCCGUCUCCAUCUCCUCAUAUCUAUAAUCCGCCUCCACCUUCUAGUUUUCAGUCUCCAUCUAUCCAGUUUCCGUUACCUAUUUAUGCACAACACGCGAAUGCAUCGUCUACAUAUGCACCAUUUGCCUAUUCACAGCCGACAUAUGCACCACAGACCUUUCCACCACCGAUAUAUACACCAUUCGCCUAUUCACAGCCGCCAUAUGCACCACUGACUUAUCCACCACCGAUAUAUCCAUUAUCAGGUGAACUUUCACACAAGCUACCACAACUUUGUGCCAUGCCCAACCCGGGAUCCCAAGGUCAUCCUAAGCCGUCUCAACCGGAGCCUUUUCAGGCUAAUGAGAAUGGCAUUCGUGAUGUAAAGCAUUUGAACGAACCUGAUGUGAAGUUGGAUUCUAAGGAGGCUGAGGUGUUUGAUGAUGAACGGCACAAUAUCAAACCGUCGACUAAAGGGUUUUUGCCUGCAAAAUCCACUAUGAAGAGCAAAUCAUCAAUUAUACAAUCUCAAAAUGAAAAACCAUGGACAAAAUAUGGGGACUUAAAAGAGGCUGACAGAUCAAUUUUUUUCAAGGCUUUUAGUAAUUGUGUGUGGCAUCCUCGAUACAAUGAUCUGAUUGAGAGUGACUUUAAUUCAAGGGCCUCGCAUAGCUUAUCUAAUAUGCUGAAGGAAGCUCGUCUUAAGGGUCAGUGCCCACAUUGGAUAGACAACACUAUAUGGCAGCGUUUGCUGGAGCACUGGAAUCCUGCUGGUUUUCAGUUGACUUCUGUCAAAGAAAAGAAACACAUAGCAUUAGAGAAAGAUGGAUGCCUACAGACAAGAGGUUCCAUCGGCACAGCGCAGCAGGCGGCUCGAGAAGAGGUUCCAUCAUCAGCCAGUAGUGGUAGGGAGCUGGCAUCUAAUAUGGUUGAGGUGCUGUUACAGAGAAUGGUGAUUUCUAGUGAGGAGACUAAUAGGAAACUAAAUGAGAUGAUGAAGUUGCAGCAGGAAUCACGGAGGAUAAUUGAGGAGAGGCAAGAAAAACAAGAAGAGCUUAUACGAAAACUGGACCAGGAGCGUGAGGGCCGCCACUAACUACCUUAGCAUAGUUGCAAACAAGAUGUUGUUGAUGUUGGUGCUGAUGAUGAAUGAUGAUGCUUUUAGACGUUGUUAAUUUGUUUUGUUUAUGUUACUUUUUGGAACAAUGUGUUUGUGUUUUUGGGUUUCAGGCCUUUAUCAUGUAUGAACUGUUAUCGUUAAAAUGUUUGCAACCAACUAGUUUUCUAUGGAAGAAAUAUG